AUGACGCGGGACUUCAAGACCCUCAGCCGCGAGCAGUUGGUGGCCAAGAUUCAUGGUCAGAGUUCGGUCAUCAAGGACCUUCGCUCGAAGAAUCGCAGCCUCGAGGGCAAGCUCGGCCGCGCGAAGCAGAAGGUGAUCACGGAGAAGGGCCUGAUGGGGGUGAGGAUGCAGCUGGUCCAGGUGCGGGCGGAGAAGCGCGAGGAGGCCCUCAAGGCCGAGCUGAAGGAGAAGACCGACAUGCUGAAGCAGGUGAAGCAGGAGUUGCUGAAGGACGUCGUGUUCCAGAGGAAGCUCGAGCACGCCAUGGUCGAGAAGGAGCGCGCGAAGGACGAGCUCGUGGCCGCGACGCCCCCGCCGGUGCUGCCCUUCGACUUCGGCAAGCGGAUGCGCGAGUAUUCGACCCUCACGAUGGCGGAGAACGGCACCGUGAUGAAGAUCUACGACGGCGGCCCGCACAUGUUCCACUACGUCUACGACUGCACCCGACUCGACGGCGUCUCCGACUCCGACUCGUCGGCGCCCGACUCCGACUCCGACUGA